AUGUCCACCUUCGAUACUGCUGAGAUGAGCAAUGCUCUCCCGGAAGCCUCGACUCAAAAGAGCCGCAUGAACGCUGAAGCGGCUGCGAAGGCUCGCGAAAAGGGUUGGGUGCCCCCUCAAGAGUACAACUAUGCAAAAUACACCAAUCCUGCGCCCUCUAAGGACCCUGCAGAGGGUGGAGGGGACCUGGAAAACCCAGAAUGGGCGGCCAAUGCAGCCAAAUACGAAUGGCGCGAGGAGUAUGGCGAUAUUGGCCCUCCUAAUCCUCAGCUGGAGUGCAUGCUUUUCCACAAUGAGUUUAUCAAUCGGGCUGGGAUCAAGUUUGAAGCUCUUCGUGACAUUAGAGUCACCGCGGAGUCAACUGAACAGCCGAAUCCGGUGAAGAGCUUUGCUGAUGCUGGUCUUCACCCGAUCAUGCUUGAAAACAUCCGUCUCUGCGGAUAUAAUGUCCCAACUCCUAUUCAGGCAUACUCCAUCCCGGCUGUUUUGACUGGUCACGAUUUGAUUGCGGUAGCACAGACUGGCUCGGGAAAGACGGCGGCUUUUUUGAUCCCCGUCCUGUCAAAGCUCAUGGGAAAGGCUAAGAAGCUUGCCGCUCCCCGUCCUAACCUGGCUGCUGGAUUCGAUGCGGCAGCUCCGCCUGUACGUGCGGAACCGCUUGUUCUUGUGGUUGCUCCUACUCGUGAGUUGUCGACCCAGAUUUUCGAUGAGGCCCGUCGCCUCUGUUAUCGUUCCAUGCUACGACCUUGUGUCGUCUACGGCGGCGGCCCCGUACGCGAACAGCGCGAGGAGUUGCAGAAAGGUUGCGACAUCUUGAUCGGUACUCCUGGUCGUCUUUUGGACUUUAUGGAAAAGCCACAUAUCUUGUCCCUUCACCGCGUCAAGUUCACUAUCAUCGAUGAAGCGGAUGAAAUGCUUCACUCCGAUUGGGAAACUGAACUGGGAAAGAUUAUGUCCGGUGGAGACACGAACGAGGAUGCCGACCAUCGUUACAUGAUGUUCUCGGCUACUUUCAACAAGCAUUGUCGCGAGCUCGCUCGUAAAUAUCUUGCUACUGAUCACGUUCGUAUUCGCAUCGGCCGUGCUGGUAGCGCGCAUCCAAACGUCCAGCAACAGGUGAUCUAUGCUGAAGAGAAUAAAAAGAAGCAGUGCCUGUACGAUCUGCUCAUUUCGAUGCCUCCUUCACGGACCUUGGUCUUCGUCAACAAUAAGAGCCAGGCGGAUUUACUCGAUGACUACCUGUACAACAUGGGGUUGCCAAGCACCUCAAUCCAUUCCGAUCGGACCCAGCGUGAACGUGAGGAUGCUAUCCGCGCAUUUCGUACCGCGAAGUCUCCUAUCCUGGUUGCAACUGGGGUUUCCGCACGCGGGCUUGACAUCAAGAAUGUGAUGCAUGUCAUCAACUACGAUUUGCCCAACGUCAAUUACGGUGGUAUCGACGAGUAUAUCCAUCGCAUCGGACGUACUGCGCGUAUUGGAAAUGAGGGUCUCGCCACCUCUUUCUUCAAUCAUGACAAGGAUUCGGCUAUUGCCUCUGAUCUUGUCAAGAUCCUCAUGGAGUGCAACCAACCCAUUCCCGACUUUCUUGAGGACGUCAAGCCUGCGGAUGGCGUCGUCACCUUCGAUGACGAUACAGACAACGAAGGCGAAGAAAACGGCGACGACAACUGGGGUAAAGACGAUAACAAAAACGAGGCUACCACUGCGGCCCCAGCUCCUGCGGCGGUGCCUAGAGCGCCUUCCCCCAAACCUGCUACUCGUGCAGACCCUGAGCCUGAAUGUGAUUGGUAA